AUGGCAUCAUCUCCAAAUCCUACUGAUCAGAACUUCAUUGUAGUGGAUUUCCACUACAAUGGUCAGUUUGCACCCAAUCCCUUAGUUUACUUUGAUCCCAACAGAGCAUCAGUGCGAGAUGUUGACUUCAGUGGGUUUGGGUAUGAGCAAUUCAUGGAAUUCCUUCACAAGCUCACCAACUCGAGAAGCAAAGACAUCUAUUUCUGCCUUCCACAAGAGUCUUUAGGUCUUGGAAUUCAUACACUGGUGAACAAUGGUGAUUACAAGGAAUUUUUGGAUUUGGCGUAUGCUAAUGACAAGAGAAUGAAUGUAUAUGUGGAUCACCAUAAUGAACCUAUCUUCGACUGGAUUGAGGCUGAGGAAAGUGAAAGUGAAAACGAAGACUUAGAUGAAGAUGAGGAUUCAGUUAUUCAAGAUUCAUAUUCUGUUGAUCAUGAAGAAGAUGAUGCUACCUAUCCAUUUCCAGCAAACAAAACUGCACGUGAUAGAUUUUUAAACAUCCUUUGUGAACCUAUAGAGAGUGAAGAUCAAGAUGAUGAAUACGUGCCACCCCAGUACCCUGUGUAUGAUGAGAGACAGCCAUGGGAUCAGAUGAAACCAAUUAUAGACUAUGGGCCUCCUGGAUGGAUGGAUAGGGAAACAUUUUAUGAGUCAAAUUAUAGAGAACCCAAAAUGAGUGCAAGGAAGAUGAAAGCUAAAGUGUCAACAACAUUCAACAUAAAUGUGAGUGUGGGGCAAUGCAGAAAUGCAAAGAAAUUUGCAUUACAAGAGAUUGAAGGAAGUUUAAUUGAACAUUAUGGGAGAUUGUGGUCAUAUGGUGAGGAAAUUAUCAGGUCAAAUCCUGGGUCUACUGUGAGAUUGGAUGUAGACAUCAUGCCAGAUUCCACAACUUUGUUUUCUAAGUUUUAUGUGUGUUUCAAAGCUGUAAGGGAUGGUUGGUUAGAAGGGUGCAGGCCAGUAAUUGGGCUUGAUGGUUGCUUUUUAAAGGGUAUAGUUAGAGGAGAAGUUAUUUCAGCUGUUGGGAGAGAUGCAAACAACCACAUCUACCCUUUAGCAUGGGCUGUGGUAUGUGUUGAGAAUAAAGAAACAUGGAAGUGGUUCAUAGAUUUGCUUAUGGAUGACAUUAAUGGUGGUCUUGGUGCAGGCAUUACCCUUCUUUCUGAUGGACACAAGGGGUUAUUACAAGCAGUUAAGGAAAGAUGUCCAGAAGCUGAACAUAGACAAUGUGCUAGACACAUUCUGGCCAAUUUUAAUAAAAGGUUUACUGGUCAACAAUACAUAAAGUUAUUUUGGAGGGCUGUAAGGGCUAGUACUGUGGAGAAGUUCAGAGGUGUAAUGGAGAACAUCAAAUCUAUUGAUACUCAUGCUUAUGAUUACCUUAUAGACAGAGAUCCUACUACCUGGUCUAAGGCAUUCUUUCAAGAAGGAAGAGACUGUGAUGCAGUGGAGAAUGGGGUCAGUGAGAGUUUCAAUUCUGCUAUUAGGCAUGCUAGAAGGAGACCUAUAAUCACUAUGCUGGAGGAGAUUAGGUUAUUUGUGAUGGAAAGGAUAUACACUCAAAGAGUUGAAGGAAUGGAAUGGGAUUUGCUUAUAUGUCCAACUAUUAGGAAGCGUAUAGAACAUCUGAAGGUUAAACAGAGAUUGUGGGGAGUUACUCCUUGUGGUUAUCAAAAGUAUGAGGUUAGAUUCACUGAUGUUGCAUAUGGAGUGGAUCUAAUUGCAAAGAAGUGUGCCUGUAGAAUAUGGCAACUUACAGGGAUACCAUGCUUACAUGGAGUGGCAGCAAUAUCUUACUUAAAUCAUGAUGCUGAGGCAUAUGUGUCCCAAUCAUACACUACUGAGGCUUACCUAAAAUGCUACAAAUAUAGCAUUAAUCCUCUCAAUAGUAGUGAAAUGUGGCCAGAUGUUCCAUACCAUAAGCCUUUGCCUCCCAAAAGAAGAAGAUUACCUGGUAGGCCAUCUGUGAAAAGGAAGAGGGAUGCAAUUGAACGAGAGUUGAGUGGAUCAAGUAGACAAACUGUCUCAAGAAGGGGUAGCAUAAUAAAGUGUGGUAUUUGUAAGGAACCAGGUCACAACAAGAAAAAGUGUCCAUCUAACCAACAAAGCAAUACAUCAGUACCAAGUUCAUCCAGGGGCAGUGGAGCAGACCCAAGUUUAUCAGGGGCAAUGAAGGACCACCACCUCCUCCACCACCACCUGCAGCCCAACAACCUCCUCCACCACCACCUGCAGCCCCCAUGCCAAGAAGAAGGGUCCCAGUUAGUAGAAGUGGAAGGAGGAAAUAUUCUGAACGGAUUAUCAAACAAGCAUUAAGGAGGCAGAUACCUGGGGUUGGGAGCAAUGCAGAUAACCCUUCAGUUAUUGAUUAAUUUAGGGGAUAAUAGUGGGUGGGUAGGAAUAUCUUUUGUAAGGCAGUUGUGAUGUAAAGACAAAGUAGUAGUCUUUUUAUUAUGCUUUUCUAUGGUACUAUCAAGUAGGUGUAUGGGCACAUGGUGGCCCUUCUUUUGUCUAUGCAGGAAUCUUUUGUGUUACCUAGAAACUACUUUUGUGUAUGCAGACAAAAACUUAUAUAACUGUAGAAUAUUAAUGGCGUAUUACAAUGAAUCCAACCACCACAUUCACUUA